AUGAACCCCCUCUGCCUAACAAUACUAUUACUCCUACAACAUACACAAUAUUCAGUAACAGCUGAAGAAAGUGAUGAGACUGAUGAAAACCUUCGAGAAGUUGGUUUAGGUCCAGAAGAACUGUCAAUGUUGGACGAUUUCGAAGUGAAAUUACUCAGAGAUUCGAUCAGAGGUGUGGGAAGUGUCAGUCGAGGAAUUGGCCUCUUCAAAAGUCCAACUGUACCUGAGUUCGAUUUUGGACCGAUCAAUGGGGCACAGGGCGUGAAACAGCAGGCGACGGAGGACAUGAUUCCUGUUGGGGGAGGGGUGAGUUAUAGUAUGAUGUUUAUGUUGGGGAGAGGGAGUUAUAUUAUGAUGUUUGUGUUGGGGAGGGGUGCGUUGUAGUAUGAUAUUUGUUUUGGGGGAGAUGUGGCUUUGUAAAAUCAAUGCCAAAGGCUAUGUUUUGUUUGUGAAAGGCUUGGCAAGUCCCAAAAUUGGAUUUUAUAAAAAUUUUUAAAAUUAACAGAUGAUAGGAUUGGGUAGGGUACUAUUGGGUUGGGUAGGGUAAGGUAAGAUAAGGUAAAGUAAGGUAAAGUAGAAUAGGGAAAAAGCACAUAAUUCUGUAUUGCUUCACAAAGCUUUGUCAUUUUAUAUACAGAGUUCAUAAAGAUAUGGCAUUUCGAAAAUAAAAAAAGCUUACUUUUCUAGAGCAGAUCAAACUUCUUUUUUGAUAGGCACGAUAUAAAUUUGAAACUUACUGCGUGUAUACUCCAUUUUGUGCUCUAUAAAUCUGUUAUUUUAGGUUUUUAAAAAAUGUGGUUAUUUUUUCAAAAAUUGGUUUUGUAGCAGACUAUACCUACAAAACAUCGUUUUUUGGCUUUUUUCACUUUACUUAACUAUAUAUGAAAAGUAACUCAACAUGAAAGCAUUCCAGGUAAUAAAAUAUCAAUCUGAGUCUUUCAUACUAUUAAAACUCCUAAUUUUAAACCUUUAUAUUAUUUUAGUUCGCAGACACGGUGCCUCAAAUUAUGCCCUCUCCUCCGCCGUUACUUCGCAAGCAUAAAGAAGAACGACAGCCCAAGAAGCACAAAUUGAAGCCGAGAAGGAAGAAGGGAAAGAAACACACACAAAAGGACAACAACUCGGAUUUGUCACCAGCUGAACAGCGGCAUCUGGCUGAAAUCUUGGAGGUAGGGCUGACUUUUGAUAGUUUUUAGAGGGUUUUUGGGGAAAUUUUGAGGUUUUUAGGUAAUGAAAUGCCUUUUUGAAGCUUUUAUUAUUAAAAAUGUUAUAAAACAGAAUUUAAAAUUUAUAGAAAUGCAUGUUUAAAGCCGUUUAUUACCUAAAAAUUUAACUUUUUUAGCAUUUAUUCAUCAAAAACCAUUUCAGUUGAUAUUAUCAAAGAAGAAAAAGGAUAUAAAAGAGUUGAAGAAGCCAAAAAAUGAAGAAUGGGAAGAUAUUGAAACAGAAACAGAACCCACAACAACUAGGAGAACAACUACAACACCUGCAUCUGCAGCUCCUGUAACUUUGACUCAAAGGAGUAACUGGGCUGUCAGCACUGAAGAAGUUAAGAAGCCAGCUUCUGGAAGGCGAGGUAGAGCGUUUGAUGUUUUUAUAGGACGUGUAGGAUCUCUGCUUACUGUAUUUUUGAUUACUGUAAUUUGGAAAUUAAAAAGAACCUUAUUUUUUUCAAUUUUCCUUAUGUUAUACUAGCUGGAAUCGACAAAAAAUAGCUUAAAACUCAAUUUAUGAAGCUUUACUGAUCGCAUUUUGCAAUCAAUGAUAAAAUUAGGUAACAAAACAAAGUAAUAUAUACUUUAUGACAAAAUAUUCCAGGUCUGUCGAUAAUAACAGAGCAGGAGGAAGAAGAAAAAGCCGAGUUUGUAGUAGGUAACGAGGACAAAGACGACCUCGACACCACCGCCAUCACCAUCCCAGCCCAAAAGAUACUCCGUGGCGAUGAACAACUUCAAACCCCAACCAACACAGACGACGUGAUCAAUAGUAAACUGGUGGACGCGGAAGUAGAAGCCAAGAAUCCACAAGAUUGGGAGCAGAAGAUGAGAGCUCUGACCCGAGAACUCGGAUUCGUGCUUCAGAAGCUGAAGAUUGAAAAAGAAACCGCUGGGAUUCUGAAUAGAACUAACUACGAUGCUAAACCCAAUGUUCUUAGCGAGUUUGUCGAUGGUAACACGAACAAUUUGGAUGAUAAUGAUCGGAAACCUCAACAGAGAAAGGCUUUUGUCAGCAUUUUGAGGGAGGUCAGUGAGGUUUUCUUUAUUUUUUUCGAGUUUUUAAUAAACUUUUUAGAAAUGUGGUAACAUAUGCAUAAAGCAUAAAAUAAUGUAUCUAUUCACAAAAUUGCAACCCCAUACCUUGUUGUCCAACAGAGUUACACUCUUUUAAAAACAACAAAAAUCAAAAAAAGUUCGAUUCCGCUCGGAAAAUUGACGUUUUUUAAUUUUUAAAAUGCUUUAACGUUACGAAAAACUAACAAAACAUCUCGUAAUAACAUUCCAGGGCCUAGCACGACAAACUGACAUCAACGAGUACGUUUUCAUAGCCAGUAUCACCUUGAUUCGAGACCAAAACCAUGUUAUACUCGUGGACACAGGUUUGGCCACUGAUAUCAAUGGUCGAACUGAUCUUUUGAAUAGUGAGUUUUUGGAAAAAUGUUGGAAAAGAUCAUUUUAUAUCUAUUUUACAACGUUUUGUAAUGUAAAUAUGGUUUUAAAAAUCGCAAAACGCCGCUUGACAUUAAUGAAAAUGAACACUGUGUCGAGCGGGGGAAAAUUGAAUUUUGCAGUUUAAAAGUGCACUGGAAAUGUGACAUCUUACAAUAUUAUUAUAUGAUAUAUUAUAUAAUAUAAAAACUAUAAACCAAAAUUCAAUCCAUUUCGUCAAUUAAAAGCCAAGUUAUACCUAAAUGAAGACCAAGCUAAAGCCUUGCCUACCUAUAACAACAUCGAAUUCUCUUUGCAGAACUGAGCAAACUUGACAUAACUCCACCACAGGUGAACUACGUGAUAACAACUCAUGGACAUCCGGAUCACAGUGGAAAUACCAACGAUUUCCCGGAUGCCAUCCAUUUCCAAGGCAAUAUGCUGCAUCAGAAGACCAAGUUCAACUUUUCCGACCUGUUUGAAGCAAGUUUUAGAUUAUAUCAAUGUUUUUACAUAUUAGAAUAUCUGUAAAAGCGUAAUUUAUCAGUAUGGAGAAGUAUUUUCAAGUAUCUGUACAUGAACAACUGCUCAAAAACAAUCUGAUUCUCUUGAGUUAAGUCUUCCUCAACUUUCAUUAGCUUUUGGGUCAAGUUUCGCCUCGGACAAUAUUUUGUCGUAAAGUUGCGAAAAACUUGAUCUCAUUGACCUUUUAUAUGUCAAUUAUAAGGUAAAAAGAUAAAUUAAUGUUUCAAAAACUUAUUUCAGAAAGAUUACCAGCAGCUCACUCCGAAUGUACAGCUCAUCAAGUCUCCCGGCCACACACCAGAUGACAUCUCGGUGCUGGUCAAGAAUACCGACAAAUACGGAACGGUAGCAGUAGCUGGAGACGUUUUCAUAGCCGAAGAAGACAUGAAGUUUCCGCUGAUGUGGAAGCCAAUGGCCUGGAACGAGCGCAUUCAAGAGAAGUCACGACAACGGCUGAUUUGUGAGGCUGAUUAUAUUAUCCCUGGUCAUGGAAAGGUCUUCAAGGUCAGGGAUGAAAUGAGAAUCGAUGCGGAAUGUGCCAAAGUCUCAGGGAGCGUUGUGCCGAUGUUGUAG